CAUACACAGGACCCAAGAAACAAACUGUUCAUAAUUUCCGCUUCGCAAAGUUUGAGGUUUGAAACUUUGUGGGCGCUUGUCUUAAAGGUUGCCCAACGUAUGGGUCGCAAGAAAGGUCAAAGGCAUGACCACCAGCUGAAAAGUUCCAAUGUGCAACAGUCUUCUGAGAAACUAGCCACAGAAGGCAGCACAAGUGAAUCUGCGGACGGUGUUAAAUUACCGGAGUCACCUGGUCAAGAUGCUGCUGCUAGUAGUGGGGAGACUAUCGAUGUUUUAGGGAAUGGUCUCAUCAUUAAAAAGGCAAAGUUAAUUAAUCCAUAACUUUUCUCUAGACUUUGAAAAAAGGUCUCGGUGGGGAAACUCGUCCCAGUCAUGGUGAUUCUGUCGUUGUAAAUUACAAAUGUUGGCUGGAAGAUGGAACGCUUGUUGACGACGCCGAAGAUGUGAAAAUGGUCCUUGGUGAUGGUGAUAUAAUACAUGCAUUUGACCUCUCUAUUCCACUGGCUGAGCACAAAGAGAUUUUCGAACUGACGACUGACUCCCGGUUCGCUUAUGGAUCCCGUGGACGGGAUCCUGGUAUCCCAUCAGGGGCAAAGUUAACUUAUCACAUCGAAGUUUUAAAAGUUGAUGACCCUCCUUGUUAUGCCAGUAUGUCGAAUUCGGAAAGACUUGCAGUUGCUAAUCAGAAGAAAGACAGAGGCAACUAUUACUACAGGAGAGAAGAAUUUGCAUUCGCUAUCGACAGUUAUAACAAAGCAUUGAAAAUUUUACAAUUGCCUCCUGUAAUUCCUACCCGGUCUUCAGAGGAGAAAUUUCCGGAAACCGACUGUUCAGCAGAGCUUAUUAAUGAUGCAAAGUUGAAAUUAGAAAACAAUCUCGCAGCUGCUCAGUUAAAGGUAGAAGCAUACGAUGCCGCUAUAAUGUCUUGUGAUGCUGUUUUGCAAAGCGAUCCACAAAAUAUUAAGGCUUUAUUCAGGAAAGGAAAGGCUCUUUUGGAAAUGAACGAAGUAGAUGAUGCUAUUCCAAUCCUCCAAAAAGUACUAACAAUAUCCCCAGGCUCACAAAUGGCUAGUGUUGAGUUAGCUCGUGCCCAAGCUGUACGACAGAAAGAACGAGAGCAUUGGUCACGGUCUGUUAAUCGUAGGUUCCCGAAAACUAAACAAAAUAAGAAUACAAAACUGUCCGCUGCAUCCAGAGUUAAACUGGUGAUGACUUCUCGUCCUGUGAUUGUAACAAGUAUCAUGGCGAUUCUCUCUGUUCUCGUUGGGUUCGUUGCAUACAUUUAUCAACCUGCCAUUAUGAACAUCAAUAUAUAGAAAUUAUUUAAUUAUUUCUAUUUUAUUCCAUCUUUACAUUAUUGGAUCGGGGUAUAUUAUAAUCAGAAGAAAUAUAAAAUCCAUUAGUUAUCAUUUGUAAAUAAAUAAUAACGAACUAAGUUGUAUUUAACUUGAAGUUAAUUGAAAUAAACGUACCGUUUCGCCUUACACGUUCAUAUUUGUUGUUUCUUCUUUUCUUUAUGUAAUGAGUGGAUACAGUUGUCAUGGUAUCUUGCUGAUUGAUCAAUUUAUAGAGUUCAACUUUUUCUUUUCUAACUUUGAUGUUAAUACUGAUAAGUUUUUUGUUUUUAGGUUAGAAGAGAACUUUAUUCAUUUCAUUAGGUAUUAUUACAAACUAAAAUAAUACGUAUAAUAUGUAAUAGGUUGUUUUAAAAAAGCACAUUGAUUGAUUCAUUUAGAAGCUUUCCUAAUAAACAUUACUACAAAUGUACGUUAUCAUAAUAUCAUUAUUAUUACUUUAUAGGGAUCUUUAUCAUGUUAUCUAUGUAACUUGUGUUUUUUUUCCAACAAAAUCUUAUAAUUUUCUUGCUUUAAUUGUUAUUUAAGUAUUUAGUUUGUAAUUAGUAGUUAGCUUUACUUUGUGAGUUAAACAUUUCUAAAUAAUGUUUUGUUAAUUUCCAUGUUAGUUUUAUAAUUUUUCAUACGCAGCAAGAUUAUUCAACUCAACACU